CGCUAGAUGACGUUGCUAUUCAAGAUCCUGUUGGAAAGAAGACGUACACAAAACAAAGUCAUUUUUAGAAAAAUGCUCUCCAGUUUGCUGAAAGAACAUCAGGCAAAACAAGCGGUAAAAAAAGAAACGAGAGAGGAGUUGAGAAAAGAAGCGCUUACAGCUGCGGGUAAUCUGACAGAUGCAUUAGUCGAUCAUCUGAACGUUGGUGUUGCUCAGGCUUAUCUGAAUGAGAAGAAAUUGGACCAUGAAGCCCGUCAGUUGCAAAGCAAUGCUGCAAAUUUUUCCAAACAAGCUCAGCAGUGGCUGCAGCUUGUGGAGAACUUUAGCUCUGCAUUGAAGGAGGUUGGUGAUGUAGACAACUGGGCUAGGAGCAUUGAAAAAGAUCUCAAAAUUGCUGAAACAGCACUGGAAUAUGCAUAUAAAGUUGGUCCUAGCAAUCCUUGAGUUGUGUUUGUGUAUUUCUUGUUAAUAAAAUGAUCAACAAU